AUGUCUUUGGACUCUGCCUCGAGCUUUAGUUUCUGUCGGCCUGCUGUGGAGUACAAGGCUCUUCCAGAAGACUUUAAGUAUCAGCUGAACCGCUGCACUGGUGGAAACCUUACUUGGCACGAGGGCCGCGGGAACGUAACAGCAGGCGGUCGGACUGUCAAACUUCUGCAGCAGCCUGGAACUGAAACCCUGCAGCUUUGCACGGGAGACUCGUACUCUGUUUAUCACACCAGUCCUACUCUGCCAAGUCUGUCCAGGCCGGUGGUUUUGUGGUCCCAGCAGGAUGUUUGUAGGUGGUUGAAAAAACACUGUCCUCACAACUACCUGACCUAUGUUGAGGCCUUCUCCCACCAUGCUAUUACAGGCCGAGCUUUGUUAAGACUAAACGGUGAGAAAUUAGAGAGAAUGGGUCUCGUGCAGGAGACUCUCAGACAAGAACUUCUUCAGCAAGUCUUGCAACUUCAAGUGCAGGAGGAGAGACGCAACCUCCAGCUGCUCAGCAGAGGGUCUUUCGGGAACCUGUCAUAGCCACAGCCACGCGUGGGCAGCUCUGCCAGGCUCAGUGUGCUGUGAAAGGGCAUCAAGGCAUGAGGGAAGAGGCCGUUUGUGUCUUCACUGAGAGACCUUUGCCUUAGACUUUCAGAGGCCCUCGGGGUCUGGGCAUGGCUUUCAGCAUCGCUAGCUGAACCUCCAUCUCCAUCUUAAGUUCCAGCUGAGCACAGACUGAAUCUGUAAUGACAAAGAAUUACAAAGAGCCAGAAUCCUCUCAGAGUUGGAUAUGUAGUCUUUAUGUGAGGCUGCUGACCUGACCAGGAGUGCUGGAGAGCAGAUUUUUUAUAAGGACAAGUAUUUCUUUUCGUGUUUUGAUCAUAAAGGACUAUGUUUGUUGUAACACCUUAAAAUAACUCACUGUAAUAAUUCUCCAAGAGGAGAAUGUCAUAAGAUAAAAAAAAAAUAGAAAAUGAAGGGAAUCAGGACUCACAUUGGUCAGUCAGUUGCUCACAUCAUCAAAGUUGAACUACCUGCCUAUUACCUGCAUAUUAGUGCAUCUAUAUCAUGUUUCAACUGCAUAUUAGUGAGAAAUUCUAGUGCACAAAAUAAGCUACACUCAC